AUGUCAAACACAAUGGAGAAUGCUCAAGGUGUCCUGCAGGAAGCCAAGAACGAUAUGAUGGGGUACUACACUUUACUAUGUCGAAUGCCUCACAUGAAGCCCGAAUGCCUGCGGGUGCCUCCUCCCGACGGCUGGCCUGGGUCUCAUGCUGAAGACUUGAGGGAGCAAGGCUGGUCCGACGAGGCCGCUGAGUUCAGUCGCCAUCUUCCAUUCUUGGCACCUGGGUUGUAUGAUGCCGAACAUGCUUGGAUUACCUGGAGAUCGACGGCAGUGGCCUUUGAUCAGCCAGUCAAUGACUUUUAUUUGUCUCGCAUCUCGGCUGCAGACCAACCGAAACCGCCGUAUCUGCCACCACACGUCAUCUACAUUGGGCAGGGCUAUAACGAAGCAAAGGAAUAUCUCCUACUAGACACGGAGCUCGGACAUAUCGUCAGUUACCCUAAUCACGGUGGCGAUUUCGCCCCGUCGGACUUGACGUUGGACGAAUACGAAGCCCUUGCACCCGAGCAGAAAUGGAAGGCUCACCCGACUCUGCCACUGAGAGCAUUCUUCGAGCGGGAGUCUAAUCGUCUGAAGCGCCUGGUGUACAUGCCUGUGCCUUGCCGCCGUAGAAACCCUAGCUUCCACUUCCGCGCCGAAUGGCCUGCGGAGGAAGCAGCACUUCUUGCGAUUGAGGACGAGUUUGAUGCGGAGCAUGAAGCCGACGACGACUACGUUGAGGACGAGAACGAUGAAGAGCAAGACGAGAUGGACCUGGAAGAAUUGCGGCUAAGUAGGGACGAGGAGCGGGGUCCAGAUGAGGCAGAGGAUGAAGUCCCCAACGACGAGAUGGAAUGGCUUCGCCAUGAUGCUGAGCACGCCGAGUAUCAGUCCGCUCCACGACUGGAGAGGCCAGAAGUCAAGCCAUUGCCAGAGAAGACGAAGAAAGUCUACGAAGUGUACAAGCAGAGUGGGUGGCCGCACGAUCAUUUUGACGCGGAGAAGUGUCGGGCAGAGCUUAUAUCUCUCCAAGACGAGUGGGACGGGGUGCGAAAAGCAGAAUCGGACGCGAAGAGCAAGAAGAAGAAAGAGGAUUACAUGAAGAGACUGACUCCAGAGCAACUCCAGACGAUUGAGGAAAGGAAGAAGCUGGUUGAUCAGCAGAACCUAUAG